GCGCCGCACAGGAAGUACAAUUAUCAGCUGAUGCUGGUUGUUUUGAUGGAAGUUGCCGUUGUUUGCUGAGUGUCAAAGCUAGUCCUUUAUCUUCAAAUGAUACUGAAGACACGUAAAACUAAGAGGAAUUCAGUCGACAUUGUCUUAAUAGUGAGGCUAUAAAUAUUAGUUAACUGUUACAUUAUAUUAUAUCUUUGCUAGCAAGGUAGCUUGAAAGCUCGGGAAGAAAGAAAAACACCAACGUCAACGACACAGACCUAGCCUGCCAACGUAGCGUAGCUAGUAACUGGCGUUAACUAACGGGCCUUGGAAGUACUUUGUUUAUCAUGCAGUGACGACUUACCAAGUAUAGGAUUAUUCUUCAUUUUGAAGAGAUGUUUAAUUCAUUCAAAUUGUGCUUGAAUGUUCAUGUCACUAUCUGCUAACGUUACUGGAAAGGCUUCCAUACAGACGGUAUUCAUAGCUAGCUACAGGUCGCAGACAAUACGUCUUGUCAGAAGAGAAGGUUUGUGUUUGUUAUCGACCUAAAAAAGUAGGUGAGGUGGCUAACAUAGAUAUUAGACUGUUAUUUGCUUGCCAGUCUUAGUGGCUUAUCAGAGCAGUUGCAGGUUGUUGAAGCCGGAGUUUGGUGAUGUCAAGUUGUGGGAUUUUUUAAAUAUAGUUAAGAAGCCAGCAACAAAUGUGUCCAGCCAUUGUAUUUGUUCAUUUGACUUUGAUGUGUAAUACCCUGUAGCUAACUCUGUCACGUUGAACGGGACAUAUAGCUAGCUAGUCCCUUUGUGUUUUAUUGUUCGUUACGCAAUCCUUUUAUUAGCGACCAGCUUAGCUUGCUAGCAAAGUUGGCUAUGUCAGUAAAUAUCACUUGUCCAUCAGCAUGGUGACAUUAACUGUAAUGAGUUAAUUAAGCUGUUGUGUGGAAAUCACGUUUACACUGGUUGUGCAGUUCGGGGCGUUUGGUGAAUCUGUGGUGUUUUAUGUCCGUAAACUAGUAUUCUGUACUGUGACAUCAACUUGAUGUUGUUUAGAGGCCGUGUAGUUGGUACUGAGAUAUAAGUGGAGACUGUAGUCAGGAUAGAAGAGAGAAAGAGAGAGGUGCAGCCGUGGCCCAGACAGAGACGCGCGGUGUCCGUCACUCUCCUUCCUCGCCAAUGCUGGAUCUGGAAGUGGUUCCUGAGAGAUCUCUUGGAAAUGAACAAUGGGAAUUCGCAUUAGGGAUGCCAUUGGCCCAAGCCAUCUCCAUUCUUCAGAAGCACUGCCGCAUCAUCAAGAACGUUCAGGUGCUCUACAGUGAACAGACACCACUCUGUCAUGACCUCAUCCUCAACCUCACUCAGGAUGGAAUCAAACUGCUGUUCGACGCCUGCAACCAGAGGCUGAAGGUGAUUGAAGUUUACGACCUCAGCAAGGUGAAAUUGAAAUACUGUGGAGUCCACUUCAACUCUCAGGCCAUAGCCCCCACCAUAGAGCAGAUAGACCAGUCAUUUGGAGCCACACACCCUGGAGUGUACAAUGCCGCAGAGCAGCUCUUUCACUUGAACUUCAGAGGAUUGUCCUUUUCCUUCCAACUGGACUCGUGGAACGAAGCUCCUAAAUAUGAGCCUAACUUUGCCCUCGGCUUGGCCUCCCUGCAGAUACCCCAUGGUGCCACCGUCAAGAGAAUGCACAUCUACACUGGCAACAACCUGCAAGACACCAGGGCUCCAGUGAUGCCUCUGGCCUGUUUCUUUGGAAACGUGUACGCAGAGUGUGUGGAUGUGCUGAGAGAUGGGGCGGGGCCUCUGGGUCUGAGACUCCGCCUUCUCACCGCAGGCUGUGGCCCUGGGGUGAUGGCAGAUGCCAAAGUGCGGGCCAUGGAGAGGAGCAUCUACUUUGGAGAUUCAUGCCAGGAUGUCCUCAGCGCCCUGGGCUCUCCUCACAAAGUCUUCUACAAGUCUGAAGACAAGAUGAAGAUUCACUCCCCCUCCCCCCACAAGCAGGUUCCGUCCAAAUGCAACGACUAUUUCUUCAACUACUUUACCCUGGGAGUGGAUAUCCUGUUCGACUCCACCACUCAGCUGGUGAAGAAGUUUGUCCUCCACACCAACUUUCCCGGUCACUACAACUUCAACAUAUAUCAUCGAUGUGACUUCAAGAUUCCACUGGUCAUCAAAAAAGAAGGAGCUGAUUCUCACGGGGAGGACUGCAUCCUCACUACUUACAGCAAGUGGGAUCAGAUUCAGGAGCUGCUAGGACACCCAGUGGAGAAACCUGUCGUCCUCCACCGGUCCUCGUCAGCCAACAACACCAACCCGUUCGGCUCCACCUUCUGCUUCGGCCUGCAGAGGAUGAUCUUUGAGGUGAUGCAGAACAACCACAUAGCGUCAGUGACGCUGUAUGGAGCCCCUCGAACUAGCAGCCUGCCACGAGCCGACACUAGUGUCCACUGAUAACCACCACUGCCAACCCAGCUGGACCCAAACGGCAUCACAUCAACCAGAACCACAUCAACCUGACCCAACUGGACCCAAACAGCACCACAUCAACCAGAACCACAUCAACCUGACCCAACUGGACCCAAACAGCACCACAUCAACCCAACUGGAGCCUCCAGGACUCAGGCCUCCAGAACCCCCCCCUGACCCCCACUCCUCCAGCCCAGAUCAUCUCCAUCAGCAAAACUUGUUAGUUCACGUGUUGGCAGUGUUUCAUCCAUGAACAUUUGUAUGCUUAGUGCACGCAUGCACGAACAAACCUACAUUUGCUUACACUCAUGAGAACCUGCAUGCAUGCUGCUGUUUUUAAACUGACUUUAACUUGACAUUUUACAGACUUUUAUUGCAUAAAAGACACACACUCACACACUCUCAUACUGGUACAUUAAUCCUGAGAUUCCAAUCCUUUCACCACUAUGUUCAUGUUACACACACACACACACAUCAUGGAGACGAGCUUAUCCAUCUUCUGUACUAACACACAACACAAUAGACCUGUCUGCAAACACUCAGCCACGCAUGUUGCCUGACCCGCAGGAUUGCAUGACAACAUGUUCUUUUCCUAGCGUGUUGAAGCACAAACUGGCUUGUGCUUGGGAUCUGUAUGUAUUGCAUGCUGCGAGGGCUGGGUUUUGGCAUAUUCACCAUGAACACACACACUCAAAACACGUCCAGGUUCAUACACCUAUGCCAUGACCAAGUCCACAGCACAAGCCAGCUCCUGGCAUACAUGAGUAAUGCUUUUAUUUAUUUUUCAGGCAAGAUAGAAACAUUGGUUUAACCAUUUGCACUAAAACUACUUGACCAUUGUCUCCCUUCCUCUGAGGUUGUGUUCAGGCUCUGAUAUGACAGAGGAUUGAAGGGAGAGCCGACAGCACUGUGUGUGUGUGUGUGUGUGUGUGUGUGUGUAAGUCCACGUCUUCCAUCUUCUCUCGUCCCUUGUAAAGCCAUGUUUCCACCACCCCUUUCUCAUCCCGUAUGUCCAUCUGGCUGUCUGUCUGUCUCUGGCUGUCUCUGUCUGUCUAUCUGUCUAUCUGUCUCUGGAUCUCUGUCUCUGGAUAUCUGUCUCUGGAUCUCUGUCUCUGGAUAUCUGUCUGUCUCUGGAUAUCUGUCUGUAUACCGGCUGGCGUCCAUCGGCGACAAUCUGGUACUGUCGCUCAAGCCAUCGCCGUUCUCAUGCUUCAUCCUUUCGGUUUCGUUGCAUUGCCAAACAUUUAGCCAAAGACGUUUAUUCCCACUGGUGGUUCCCCUCCUCCAGACUGCUUUUAGUUUGUCGCCUCAGCUUGACCUCCCGUCCACGGGGACAUUCCCUGCCUAUCCGAAAGAUCUUCACCUGUACUAGGUCACCUUUUCUAGACAUGAUUCCCUGCUCUGCGUUUUUGCCGAAGACCUCCUCUGGGUAUGUUUGUUUUGUAGAUCUGUGUGGGGCACCUUGCAUCAGGUGACAGGAAGCAGAGGCAGCUGCAGCUCUUCUAGCUCACUGUCUGAUGAUGAUGAUGAUGAUGAUGAUGUAUAGAUGUGUAAAUAGUCAGUGUGCUGGUCUCCCUCGUCUUGUCUGGUAAAGCUGAGGGUACUAUGUGGGUCCGGCCCAGGAGACACCUGGUCUGGCUACUCACCCGUGUGACCAGAGACUGCUUCUGGGGGACAGAACAGUUCGGACUGGCCUCCCUCUCCCUCCCUGCUCUCUAGUGAGCGUGACCACUAUGACGGGCGGGCCGGCCGGGGGACAGCGGAGACGUCAACUCAGAGGGACUUUGUUGUGUUCUGUUCUAUUCUCACUUGGGUUGCUAUGACAAGCCUGUAUAUUGUUGAUAUUGAUGUUAUUGUCCCUUGCUUUGUGCAGGUUGUAUACCUUGAAGAAAAAAAAAAGAAAAAAAAAAGCUGUUUUAACAUUGUGCCUCAUCUCCAACCGACCUUGUCUUCACCUCUCUGUCCCUCCUUCUCUCUCUCUGUCCCUCCUCUCUCUCUCUGUCCCUCCUUCUCUCUCUGUCCCUCCUUCUCUCUCUGUCCCUCCUUCUCUCUCUCUCCCUUCUCUCUCCGUCCCUCUCUCUCUCUCGCGCUCGAAACGAUUCCUACUAAACUGCAUCGCGUGCGUAUGACAGCGCGUCAACAAGACCCGAUCCGUCUCCCGUGCUCGUCCUGCUGGGCGGGCUGUUCUAGUGGUGUCUAACUCAGCCAUGAAGGGACCAGGCUCAAAUGACAACACACCUGUCUACUGCAAUUAGUGUUUCGUUUCAUGUCCUUAUGGUCAAUACAUGUCCACUACAGUGGGACCAUAGGUCAUUUUUAGGGCUACACAUUUUCGGGGGAACAUUUGCCUGCCUUUCAUGGCCUGGGUUAGACACAGGGGCUAUGUCAAAGUUGCAAUUACAAUAUGAGUUUAGUCUUGUUCUGUUGUAGCAUUCGCCGACUUGCUCUGGGUGGAUGUGAGCUCUGGAGCACGUUGCAGCAGCAUAGGCAGUGUUACAGGGAGGUCACUGCUGAGAGUGGAUGACAGCUUGCUUGACUGCUGGGCUGUUGGCCUGUUAGCCCAAACUCAGGUGAACAUAUCAGAUCCUUUUUGUUUUUAAUUGCCUGGAGCAGCUGACUGCUUUGCUCGCGUCUAAUAGGCUGAUUGAUAUCCUCUCCUAUUUUGGCAUUGGAAUGAUUGAGUGAAUGAUGUCCAAUCAGAUUGUAAAAAGCAAAUGGACAAAUUCAGUGUAAUGUUCAUAUUCAUGCUAUGUAUUGUCUACCUUUUAUAUUGUAUGUUUACCUCGGCCCUGCUCCUUAAAGCUUUUGCGUGGAUCCAGUUCUAUCCCACCCAUUUCUGGAAAUGGGAGAUUUCUCCUUGAUUAAACAUGUGAAUUACA